AUGCUGCUAAACGGGUACCAGGGCGCGCCGCCUGCGCUUCCCGCGUCGGCGUCGGCGAAUAAUGACAAGGAGGAGAGCACGGAGCUGCACACGUGGAUUAAGGAGCUCGGCGUCGUGUGGAUGACGCCCGACGGCGCGAACCACACGCUGCGCAUGGUUGCGCGCAAGGGCAAGCAGCAGGAGCGCGGAGAAAACAGUUUCGUGUCGCUCAUUGCCAUCGACGGCCAGCCGACUGUUCCCCCCACCGUCGGCCAGUCGAUUGCGACGGAAAGCGGGUUGGUGGUUACCAAAAUCGCGGAGGCGAAGGAGGGGCCAUUCGACGUGGAUCAGUUUCAGGUGCGCGUCGCGGGGCUGGGAGAACUCGACGUGCGCGUGCGCGUGGCGCACCCGCUGCUGCAGACUCCCGAGGAAGCGGAGACUCACUUUAACGUCGAGCUCUCCGACGUGAAGAUGACGUCAGCCGUGCACGCGGAGGGGAAGGGGUUUCUGGACGGGGAGGUUGAGGAUUACAUCACGUCAUCUAUCGUCGCCCCUGACUGCAAGUACGCGAGCUACGCCCGUGCAGCCUAA